GAACCUGUGUGUGACACUGUUUUACCUAUGGCAGUCUAUGAAAGGCAUAUCCUCAUCAAACAUAAGGAACCAGAGGGAGUAAUAACCAUGGAGGAUAACCCCACUGUCAUUAAUAUGGAUAGUCAUGAAGGGACCAGUUCAUCAGGGCGAAGGAGAAGGUUCAUCCCCAGAGCCAUUGGCUAUGUCACUGGAGAUAUGAGAGAAUAUGCAGACUGGCUCAAAGACAAACCUGUCAUACUUCAGUUCCUUGACUGGAUUCUUCGAGGCAUAUCCCAAGUGGUGUUUAUUAAUAACCCCAUCAGUGGCAUCAUCAUCAUAAUUGGGCUGCUGGUCCAGAGUCCCUGGUGGACCCUCACAGGCUGCCUGGGAAAUGUAGUGUCCACGCUGACAGCCCUACUUCUCAGUCAAGACAGGUCAGCAAUAGCAGCUGGGCUUCAUGGCUAUAAUGCCACCCUGCUGGGAAUACUCAUGGCUAUUUUCUGCUACAAGGGAGACUAUUACUGGUGGCUUUUAUUCCCUGUCAUUGUCAUGUCCAUGACAUGUCCAAUUCUUUCCAGUGCAUUGGGUUCAGUGUUCUGUAAAUGGGACCUCCCUGUCCUCACCCUGCCUUUCAACAUGGCAUUAACAAUGUACUUGGCAGCCACUGGACCUUACAACCCCUUCUUUCCCACCAAAUUAGCUACAAUAUCGGUUCCCAAUGUUACCUGGGACCAGAUCAAUGUCCCUGAGUUACUCAAAGCCAUCCCAGUGGGAAUUGGUCAGAUCUACGGCUGUGAUAAUCCUUGGACUGGUGGGCUUUUCCUGGUUGCCAUUCUCCUCUCCUCCCCACUCAUGGGCUUGCAUGCAGCGAUUGGAUCAAUAGUGGGGAUGAUAGCAGGGCUGAGCCUUUCAGCUUCAUUUGAAGAUAUCUAUGCUGGAUCAUGGGGCUUCAACAGCUCACUAGCCUGCAUAGCAAUAGGAGGGAUGUUCAUGGCUCUCACUUGGCAAACCCAUCUCCUAUCACUUGCCUGUGCUCUGUUUACUGCUUACCUGACCAUAGCAUUAAGAAACAUGAUGGCUGUGUUUGGGUUGUCACCAUGUACCUGGCCCUUCUGCUUGGCCACGCUUGUCUUCCUCCUAGUGACAACGAAAAAUCAGUCAAUCUACAAGCUGCCGCUCAACAAAGUGACUUACAGUGAAGAGAACCGCAUCUUCUACCUGACAGCAAGGAAAAAGUUAGCAGAAAGCCCUUUGGGAUGGAAAGACCAAGUCAAAGCCGACUCAUCUGAUUUUAAACCCAGACGACACCAUCAACUUGAACUAUCUGUGAAUUAAUAUCUUCUACUGUAGUGGAAUCUU